AUGUUCCCUCUAGCUCGUACUGACUUUAUACCUGUUCCACAUGCAUACACAAGUUAUCACGAAUAUCCAACGAUGGAGGCACAUUACAACAGAUCUUACUUUGCGAGGACACUACCUCCUGUGCCCAAGAAUUGUCCAACACCAUUUGGAGUUGCAGGUAUGUUAGUAUUUCAUAAUCUGUUUGUUUUGCUAGUACCAGGUGUUAAAUGUCAGAAAAAUUCCUGUGUAUCAUUCGGGACUUAGAUCCAAAACCUCUAGAUCAAUUACCCCACGGUCCACCAGUAUUUCAAAUCCAAUAAGGACUGCAUUAGAUUUCAAUUUCCGCACAAUUUGAUCAAGUCCGAGGCAAAUCCGCGGACUGGAUCAAAAUGCGAGGACUUGAAAUCUAGUCCAGUCCAAUUGGAGAAUUUGGAAUGACAUCUCUCACUACUCAAAGUGAGGUGAAUUAAUUUUGAUCCAGUCCAAGGACUGAAUUAAUUUCGAUCCAGUCCUAGGACUGGAUCAAUAUACUUCCCCAUGUAUCCAGUAUUAUCAUGUGAGUAAAAUAAAGCAAUAUAUAUGGUUGGCUAAUUUACUCAUGAGUUAUUAAUGAGUUUGAGAUUAUUUAUUAACACACUGAAGCUUAUCUUUCGUUUUUUCAUCAUAGGGAAGAAAGAACUCCCUUCUGCUGAAGAGUUGGCAAAUAAAUUUUUAAAGAGAGGAAAGUUUAAAACAGAUCACACGAAUACCUCCUGGCUUUUCAUGUUCUUUGCUCAGCAUUUCACUCACGAAUUCUUUAAGACAAUCUACCACAGACCAGCCUUUUCUUGGGGAAAUCAUGGUGUGGACGUUUCUCAUAUUUACGGUCAGGACGUUGAACGGCAAAAUAAAUUGCGAAGCUUUGAAGAUGGAAAAUUGAAAUCACAGGUCAAACUGAUCAAUUCUAUUUAGGUUCCAAAAACAUUUACCCACGCCGCGACGAAUCCGACUGAAAAUCAUCUCGAUUUUGAACCGUAUCUGGAAACUUUGAAUCGAAAAAAAAGUCGAAACUUUAUAUUCGGAAUUAAACAUUCGAAUCCGAGAGAAUUCGGUACUAUCUCAACCAAUCUUGACCUGACUAAGUACUUUCUUUGCUUGUUUAAAUUAAACACACUUUAGCGUUUUGAGCGUUUUUUUUUAAUUCAUUACUAUAGAAUAUUCAGUUAUUCACUUCAUGCUAAUCGAGGAUUGAAUUUUUUUCAGGGAUUUGUUUGCUAUGCACCCAGAUAAAACGCCCUGGUGUGAAAACCUGUCUUUAUACUGUUGUACUGUAAACAGUUUACAUGUCCGAAUAGUCGAAUCUGAAAUCUUCAGCGAAGCCGAAAUCUUUCGUUGUAGUGUCGACGAUGUCCUACACGUGCAGCGUAACUGUAUAGAGCGUUUGCACAUGACGGCACAGCCGCCAUGUUGGUGUUCCAAUUCAAAACAUAUUAAUUAGACCCUUUUGUCUGGAACACCAAUAUGACCGCCACGGCUUUUGUUGAGUUGUUCCCUGGGGAUUGAGUGCAAACGCUCUAUGGUAUGACAUUUGUGAUAUAAUCCUGAAUAGUCUGUGCCAGUGUAGCUAGUGCCAAUAAUUAGAGAGAUUGAUAAUAAUACAAGUAGUUGAUCAGAUUGAUAAUAAUACAAGUGGUUGCAUCCGUAAAUUCAGGUAGUUGUAUCCCUAUCAAUCCAAAGUUGUCUGACAUUUUUUGUUACUUUCACUCUUUUCAGAUAAUAAAUGGUGAAGAGUGGCCGCCUUAUUUAAAGGAUGUCGACAAUGUUACGAUGCAGUAUCCACCCAAUACACCGGAGGAUCGAAAAUUCGCCGUUGGUCACCCUUUCUACUGCAUGCUGCCCGGACUAUUCAUGUACGCUACAAUUUGGCUGAGGGAGCAUAAUCGUGUUUGCACUAUCCUGAGAAAGGAACAUCCACACUGGGACGACGAAAGACUGUACCACACAGGCAAACUCGUUAUCACUGGUGAGAUUCAUCGUAAAAUUUGAAUAAACCGGUCAGGUCCGUUCAGUGUAUAUACGAAGUCUUUGAUCCACUUCUUUUGACAGAUUUUCACCACUAUAUUUGUAUGAUGGACGAGGCUAGGAGUGAAAGAUUAAUUUACGAUUAAUCUAUUCCAUUUUUUAUCAUAUCACUACGUCACUACGAUGUAAAGUGCAUCAUCGACUGUGUUUACGUGUGAACGCCCUCGCAGAGAAUUACCAUGCCCGGAACGGAUUUGACCGCCUCUAUAAGAUUAAUGCGAUCUAGCUAUGAAUCGAUUAGUUUCCAAACCAUAAUCUUUAAUGGAGAAUUUUUUACUAUUGCUAAUGAUACUAUAAUUGUUCUUAUAUUAGGUGAAGUGAUCAAAAUUGUGAUUGAAGAUUACGUCAACCACUUGGCUAACUAUAACUUAAAGCUCAAGUACAACCUAGAAUUAGUGUUUGACCAUGGUUAUGAUUAUGACAAUCGCAUUCACUUGGAGUUCAAUCAUAUGUACCAUUGGCACCCUUUUAGUCCCGACGAGUUCGAUAUCAGUGGCACAAAGUACUCCAUAAGUGAAUUUAUGUACCAUCCAGAAAUUGUCAUCAAACAUGGGAUGAGCUCCUUUGUAGACUCGAUGUCCAAGGGCUUAUGUGGAAAG